GUCGGGGGAGGACGUCGCUGCCAACGCUCCCGCCAGAGCUAAACCCACCGGCCCAUGCAGUGUCAGUCGGAGCUUGGACGCGGAGGCCAGGAGCCAGGAUUCGACCCCGCAGUCAAAAAUUGGAGAGAAGACGAGAGAGAAAGGGAGGGAGAGCUGAGAAGAGAGAGAAGCGUGGGAGGACAAUAUGAAGACCCAGUGUUUAUGGUCUGGGUUCACUGACUGGUGGCGACCGUUGAUCAUCGUCUCUACCCCAGUCGUCCUCUCACUCCUGCCUAUCCUCGCGGCUAACGUUGAGUCACGAUGCGCCUACGUGAUCAUGGUGAUGGCAGUGUACUGGAUGACGGAGGCACUGCCGCUGGCAGCCACGGCACUAGUGCCUGUCUUCGCCUUCCCGCUGCUGGGGGUGUUGUCCACGCGCGCCGUGUGCCAGGUCUACCUCAAGGACACCAAUGUCAUGUUCAUGGGUGGCCUCAUCAUGGCCGUGGCCGUGGAACACUCCGACCUACACAAGCGUAUCGCUCUCUUUGUUAUACUACACGUGGGUCAGAGUCCCAGGCUCCUCAUGGCAGGCUUCAUGAUCACCACCACCUUCCUGUCCAUGUGGAUCUCCAACACCGCUGCUGCAGCCAUGAUCGUGCCUAUCGUUGACGCUGUCGUUCUGGAACUUGCUAAGGAGUCACGAUGCGCCUGUAUCAUGGUGAUGGCAGUGUACUGGAUGACGGAGGCACUGCCGCUGGCAGCCACGGCACUAGUGCCUGUCUUCGCCUUCCCGCUGCUGGGGGUGUUGUCCACGCGCGCCGUGUGCCAGGUCUACCUCAAGGACAAAUUCAUGUUCAUGGGUGGCCUCAUCAUGGCCGUGGCCGUGGAACACUCCGACCUACACAAGCGUAUCGCUCUCUUUGUUAUACUACACGUGGGUCAGAGUCCCAGGCUCCUCAUGGCAGGCUUCAUGAUCACCACCACCUUCCUGUCCAUGUGGAUCUCCAACACCGCUGCUGCAGCCAUGAUCGUGCCUAUCGUUGACGCUGUCGUUCUGGAACUCGCUAAGAUUAAGAUGAUAGAGGCUCGUCGUAGGCAGGAUGGUGUGGCACCAGUCCUCCAGGAGGUCACUGUGUCGUUACCCAGACAGAGCUGUCUAAAACUCUGCGACUCCGACGCUACAUUCUCCGACAUCAUACUUAAAGAUGAUGGCACUCCUCAGCUGGAUCGCAAGGAGAAGACAGGAAAGGCAGCAGAGUUCUCGCUUCCUGAAGACAGUGAUGACGAUGACUACAAGGAGUCCCAGUGUGUGAGGAAGAUGUUCUUCCUGGCUGUGGCAUUCGCUGCCAACAUUGGUGGUACCGGUUCUCCGCUCGGCUGUGGCCCCAACCUAGUCAUGAUGGGCAUCCUGCAGAGGGUGAUACACGAUGCAACACCGGUCAUGCUCAUGGUGUUUCUGCUCUUCUGCAUCCCGGCCAAGACUGAGUGUUGCAGCGAAGUUGAGUCUGGUGAUGAGAGGAAGGGUAGCAGGCGGCAGCGAGUCAAGGGUUGCCUGACGUGGGAGGUGGUGCACCAGAAGGUGCCCUGGGGGGUCAUCAUGCUGCUGGGGGGAGGCCUGGCCAUGGCCGAGGCUCCCAAGGUCUCUGGCCUCUCCGUCUUCAUCGGUCAGCAGCUGCAGCACUUUUCCGCCAUGCCCAAGCAACUCAUUGUAUUCGUGGUGUGCCUCAUGACAGCCAUGUUGACCGAGGUAGCUUCCAACACUGCCACGGCUUCCGUCCUCCUGCCCUUUAUAAAGGACUGGGAGCUCUUCCUUUCCAUAUUAUUAUUAUUAUAUGCAUUACAGUAUUCUUUUAAGAAAGGUUCCCUCAUGUCAAACGGGAGCAAAUAUGUGUGCCAGCACUGCAACAAGUCCUACACAUCAGAUUCAGAACUACAAGAACAUUUAUGUAAUUUCUGCAAUGAAUGUGAAGAUGUUUUUCUUCAUUACGACGGCUGGAACGUCAUCAGUGUGGAAAAGACCAUUUCUGUAUAA